AUGGUGUUGGUUUCUCUUGAUAUCUCCGCAACGCCCUAUGUUGUCCUGGCUGCUGGAGCUGUAGCUAUUGUCUUCACCAUUCUGAAGAUUGCACAAUUUGUUCACGAGUGGAAGUACGCGCGCGAUAAUGGCUGCCAACCGCCAAUUCACACUGUCGUUCGCGGCCCGUUAGGACUCGGUUUGGUCACGGAUAUGCUUGCCGCGGCUCGCGAAAAUCGCAUCCUCGAACUUGUUCACGGCUGGCAUCGAGAAUUCGGUACUACAUUUAAGGCAAAGAUGGUCGCUCGAACCAUCGUCUUCACGGUUGAACCCAAGAACGUCCAGACCGUUUUAGCGCUCAAAUUCAAAGACUUUGAGCUGGGCGAGCUACGGAAUAGGGCAUUUCGUCCUCUCCUUGGAUCCGGUAUUUUCUCCACGGAUGGUAGUAAAUGGGAGCAUUCUCGAGGCCUCCUCCGUCCAAACUUUACUCGCAACCAGAUCACCGACAUCAAUGUCUACGAGACACACGUCGCCGCUCUCAUAAAACGGAUACCUUGCGACGGAUCCACCUUCGAUCUGCAGGAUCUCUUUUUCCGCAUGGUGAUUGCUUCUUUGACACUUCUUUUCUCUCGUAUUUGGCUGACCCAUGGCAAGACCCUUGAUUCGGCUACAGAAUUCCUGUUCGGGGAAUCCGUCCACUCGCUCAACGAUGGGACCUCCACCUCAGCCUCAUCCUUUGCUACGGACUUCAACACUGCACAAGAAGGAUUGGCUUUCCGCACUCGACUUGGUCCCCUCAUGCUCUUCCACCGAGACCGGAAAUUCUCCAAAGCCGUGGUCGACGCACGCGCCUACGUCGACAGGUUUGUGCAGAAGGCGAUUAACUAUCGAGUCUCACUGGAUAGUGGUGAAAAGGUUCCAGAGGAUGCUCGCAAGCUCAACGAGCAGCAAUACGUAUUUCUGUACGAACUGUCCAAGCGAACUCGAGACAAAGCAGAGCUCACAGACCAGCUGUUGAGUAUCCUGCUAGCUGGUCGCGACACAACGGCAAGCUUGUUGAGCAUUACCUUCUUUACGAUGGCUAGACGACCUGAGAUCUGGAAAAAGCUGCGGGAAGAAGUAUUGACCCUAGGGGGCCGGAAACCAUCUUUUGAAGAUCUGAAAUCCAUGACCUACCUGUCGUGGGUUCUGAACGAAACUCUUCGAUUUUACCCUAUUGUACCUAUGAAUGCGCGCAUGGCCAACAAAGACACCUACCUCCCUGUCGGCGGGGGUCCUGACGGAAAAUCCCCUCUCUACAUUGCCAAAGGCCACGAGGUGAUGUACAGUGUACACACUAUGCACCGUCUUCCUGAGCACUUUGGUCCCGAUGCAGAUGAGUACCGACCGGAGAGGUGGGAGACGUUGAGGCCUGGUUGGGCGUACCUCCCAUUCAAUGGAGGUCCUCGCAUCUGCAUUGGGCAACAGUUCGCCCUGACUGAGGCUGGAUACACUACGGUCAGACUCAUGCAACACUUCGAGACAAUUGAGAACCGGGACCCGAAGCCGUUUGAAGAAGGAUUGACUCUGACAAUGGCAAGUUUUAACGGCACAAAGGUCGCUAUGACGCUUUCCAAAGGCUCUUGA